AUGAGAACGCGGUUGCCGCUCGUCCUGCGCCAGCUCCGCCGCCCGCAGCCUCCCGCGGGCCCGCCGCGCCCCCGCGGUGCGCCCUGCCGGGCCCUGGGCGGCGGCGGCGGCGGCGUUGGUCCGGAGGGCCUGCUAGGGCAGCGGCGGCUGCAGGAAGCCCAGGCCUGUAGCAGCCAUGGCCAGGGCAGCCGGACGCCCCCGGCCCGAGACGCCCUCGUCAGAGCUUGCCACAACUUGGAGGGGCCAGCGGGCCUUCCCGUGCCGGAAGGGCUGUGCAUUCCGGGCAUCUUUGGCUCAGCCCUGGGGCUCGGUGCCACAGUUGGCGUGCCGUCCGUGCUGACUGGCUCAGCAGGUGAUGAUAACUGGAUGCAGGAAACAAACCAGAAUUUGGCGAGAGAGGCUGGUCUGAACAUCACUCACAUCUGCCUUCCUCCAGACAGUGGUGAAGAUGAGGGUCACCGUGAGCCGGGCAGCAGCUCACACUGCCACAGGGGGCUGUACAGAGACGCUGUUCCCCUGUCGUCCAUUAAAUGGUGCUUCUGGAAGGUGUGCAGUGAACCUGCGUGGCUGAUGGCCGACAGAGUAACAGAUAUAAACCUGGGCAGGUUGGUGCGUGGGGAUGCCCAUGAAUGUUUCGUUUCACCGGUUGCCAGAGCUUUAAUCGAACUCCUUGAAAAAUCAGGUAUGAACUUAAAUGGAAAGAAGAUCUUGGUCAUCGGGGCCCAUGGAGCUUUGGAAGCUGCUGUGCAAUGCCUGUUCCAGAGGAAAGGUUCCAUGACCAUGAGUUGCCAGUGGGCAACGCCUCAGCUUCAGAGCAAGCUUCUCGAGACUGACGUUUUGGUCUGCGGCUCGCCCAAGCCAGGAGAGAUUCCCCUCACGUGGAUACAGCCGGGAACUGUUGUCCUCAGUUGUUUCCAUGAUUUCCUGUCAGGCUUUGGGCUCCAGAUUCCAGAAGAGGACUAUACUGAACUGGGCUGGAAGCCAGGAGCAGCCUUUUCCCCAAACACUGUCAGAACUCAGGCUAGUGAUAUUGAGAUUUCAAGAGGACAGACUCCAAAAGCUGUGGAUGUCCUUGCCAGAGAGAUAGGAUUGCUUACAGAUGAAAUUGAAAUCUAUGGCAAAAGCAAAGCCAAAGUACGGUUGUCUGUGCUCGAAAGGCUGACAGGCCAAGCAGAUGGAAAAUACGUCUUAGUAGCUGGGAUCACGCCCACCCCCCUUGGUGAAGGGAAGAGCACAGUGACGAUUGGGCUUGUUCAGGCCCUGACAGCCCACCUCAAGGUCAACUCCUUCGCCUGCCUCAGGCAGCCUUCUCAGGGACCCACGUUUGGAGUCAAAGGAGGCGCCGCGGGUGGUGGAUAUGCCCAGGUCAUCCCCAUGGAGGAGUUCAACCUUCACCUGACUGGAGACAUCCAUGCCAUCACUGCAGCCAACAACUUGCUGGCAGCCGCAAUCGACACGAGGAUAUUGCACGAAAAUACUCAAACAGAUAAGGUGAGAGAAAGAGUCCUUAUUGCCAUUUGGGGCUUCUUAUCCUGGAGGGAUCUCUGUAAGAGACUCGUGAAGCUGGGCAUCCAUAAGACGGACCCAAGCACACUGACGGAAGAGGAGAUGAGCAGAUUCGCCCGUCUGAACAUCGACCCCUCAACCAUCACGUGGCAGAGAGUACUGGAUACAAAUGACCGAUUUCUACGAAAAAUAACAAUUGGGCAGGCAAACACGGAGAAGGGAUUUUCCCGCCAGGCCCAGUUUGACAUCGCAGUGGCCAGUGAGAUCAUGGCGGUGCUGGCCCUGACUGACAGCCUCACGGAUAUGAAGGAGCGGCUGGGACGAAUGGUGGUGGCCAGUGACAAGAACGGGCAGCCUGUGACCGCAGAAGAUUUGGGGGUAACAGGUGCUUUGACAGUUUUGAUGAAAGAUGCCAUAAAACCAAAUCUGAUGCAGACCCUAGAAGGCACACCUGUGUUCGUGCACGCAGGCCCCUUUGCUAACAUUGCCCAUGGCAACUCUUCCGUGUUGGCUGAUAAAAUUGCUCUGAAGCUGGUUGGUGAAGAAGGAUUUGUAGUGACUGAAGCUGGCUUUGGUGCUGACAUUGGAAUGGAGAAGUUCUUCAACAUCAAGUGCCGAGCUUCCGGCUUGGUGCCCAGCGUGGUCGUGCUGGUGGCAACAGUGCGGGCUCUGAAGAUGCAUGGGGGUGGGCCAAGCGUGAUAGCUGGUGUCCCUCUUAAGAAAGAAUAUACAGAGGAGAACAUUCAGCUGGUGGCAGAUGGCUGCUGUAACCUCCAGAAGCAAAUUCAGAUUGCUCAGCUCUUUGGGGUUCCUGUCGUCGUGGCUCUGAACGUCUUCAAGACCGACACCCGCGCCGAGAUCGACUUGGUGUGUGAGCUGGCAAAGCGGGCCGGAGCCUUCAAUGCCGUCCCCUGCUACCACUGGUCAGUUGGUGGGAAAGGGUCGGUGGACCUGGCACAGGCCGUGAGAGAAGCUGCAAACAAGAGAAGUCGUUUCCAGUUCCUGUAUGACGUCCAGCUCCCGAUAGUGGAAAAGAUAAGAACCAUUGCCCAGGCUGUCUAUGGAGCCAAAGACAUUGAACUUUCUCCUGAGGCACAGUCCAAAAUAGAUCGUUACACUCAACAGGGAUUUGGAAAUUUGCCCAUCUGCAUGGCAAAGACGCAUCUCUCGCUGUCUCACCAGCCUGACCAGAAAGGGGUGCCCAGGGGCUUCAUUUUGCCUGUCAGUGACGUCCGGGCCAGCAUAGGCGCGGGGUUCAUUUACCCCCUGGUGGGAACGAUGAGCACCAUGCCGGGGCUGCCCACUCGGCCCUGCUUUUACGAUAUCGACCUCGACCCGGAAACAGAACAAGUUCAAGGCCUGUUCUAA